UUCAUUACCUCUAAAUUCCUCUUUUGCCCGUCUUCGCAUGCUGAUGUGCCAGAAAUGCGCCAGAAAUGCCUCUCCCUCGUCCGGUAUCUGCCGCUGCGAGGCAAACAAUAAAAGCUGCUUUUGAUGAUCUUGAUCGGACAAUUACCCCGGCAGACUCCCGUGACUUUCGUGCUACAACCCUUCAGAAUGUACGGGAUGCAGCGCUCGAAAUCGAGAGGCAGCUUGCUGCGCGAGGGUCGCUUCGCAAUAUGCGUCGCCUCAUGCCUCUGUUCAAAGGAAUAGAGCAUUAUUCAAAAGUGAUGGAUGUUUUAUGCAACGGUACCCCGUAUCUACCGUGGAUAUGGGCACCGAUUACACUGAUUUUGCGAGUCGCUUCGGAACACGUAGAAGCUUUUGAACAGAUUAUCAAGGGCUACGCCCAGUUAGCCGAAUCUCUUGUAAGAUUCGAGGUGUUGGAUUGUGCCUUUAAAGACAACCCCGACUUUCAACAGACCUUGGCCGUCUUCUAUGCCGACAUUCUUCAAUUUCAUAGACAUGCCUACAAGUUUGUUCGACGAAGUGGUUGGAAGCUACUGUUCCUUACGUCUUGGGGCCGAUUUCAGCGACGAUUUGACAACAUCAUGGAAGACAUGGGACGACACGGAGAUUUGAUUGACAAGGAAGCAAACGCUCGCAAUAUUGCUGAAGCACGAGAAAUGCGUCGCGAUAUCCGCCUUUGGAGAGAACAGAAUGACGAGAGAGUGAAAAGCUUCGAAGAGGAACAAGCUGCCAAGCAGUAUCAGUCCAUUAUGGCGUGGAUGAAUAUCGAUGAGUCGGAUCAAUUGGCCAUAAUGGAAUCAAUCAUGGCAGAAGGACGCAACUAUCCAGGCACAUGCGCAUGGAUAUUGAAAAAUCCAAAAGUCAGCUCUUGGCUCCAGAAAAGGUCAGAAUCGCCAAUCCUCUGGUUACAGGGUACGCCUGGAUCUGGAAAGAGUGUGAUAUCCACGCAACUCGUCACUUUCAUGCAGACGGCUAAAAUGUUUGUCAUGUAUCACUUCUGCACUUAUUUAUACAUGUCAUCUACCAUAUACGAGCAAAUAUUGAGAUCACUGCUUAUGCAACUGCUGCGAAAAGAUGGCGACCUAGUCGCCCAUGUCCAUGAAGAAUUUGUUCUCGGGAAGAAGUCUCCAACAGUCUCUGCUCUCGAACGGCUUUUACAGCUUCUUUUCAAAAGCGUAUCUAACGAGCCGUCUCAAACAGAAUACCUUUGGAUUAUUCUAGAUGGAUUAGAUGAAUGCGAGCCGGACAAGCAGGCCCGUGUCAUAAGCUUGAUGAAUCAGGUUACAUCCCAUAGGUCCUCCUCGUCUGGCAAAGCGUUUUGUAAAGUUCUCAUAUCAAGCCGUUCUUCGACGACGUUAUCAAAAUGGCUGCGCAAAAAGCAGGUGGUUUCCCUCAGCGAGGAGAAGCAUUGCCUAGAGGGAGCAAUCCGGCUGUAUGCGGCACAAAGAUUGCAAGCGCUGGAGCAGAGAUUCCGCCAACUCGAUAUUGCGCCAGGAGAAUUGGACGAUGUCGAACUCCAAAUUGCAAAGAAGGCAGACGGGAUGUUUCUUUACGCUCGACUCGUUCUAGAUUACCUCUCUACGAAUGUAUUUUACAACUGCGACGAAAUUAAAGCUUCCGUCAAUCAGCUUCCGGAGAAAAUUAAUGAUUUCUAUCGGAAAAUAUUGACUCAAGUGCUUAUUCAUUUGGAUUCUCGAUCCGUCAAUAGAAUCAAGUGUGUGCUUGGCUGGAUUGCCUUCGCCAAACGCCCGUUGAAAAGACUCGAAUUUCUGUCUGCAGUCACUUUUAGCUCUGGGGAUCCGAAUGUUGCCCAUGUCGCCCCUCAAUACAUUUUGGAUAUCUGUGCACCGCUCAUAGAUGAGAGGCAUGAUACGACCUUGACCUUUAUACACGUCUCUGUGAAAGAGUUUCUUCAAACUUCCUCUUGCAGUGUGACCAUUCAUGAACAAGAAGCGCUUCAAGAACACGGAGUAGCUGCUGUUACUUGUCUCCUUUCCGGGUUAGAGGUAUUCAACACAACAUACGAUGAACAGACAAGAUAUCAUCGGGUAGUCAAGGGUCUGCAUGGCUUGCAUGUUUAUGCUACCGAGUAUUGGACGGAAUAUCUGCUCUCUCGUGCAAAAUACGCCAGUGGACUGGAAGCAAGUUCAGUCUUAUUUCGCCUAGCUUGUCAAAUAGCAGAUAAGCUCAAUGAGACAGCCGAUUUAACGAGGAUCAAACAAAUCGAGAUACAACCAAUCGUACAGGAUGAACGAUUAGCGUAUUUGCAACAACAUCCAAUUCUAUGCGAACGGGUUAGAGCAGCUUUAGACGCCAGAUCAAUCAACCAGUUGGAAUACGAGCUUCUACAAGUACCCGGAACGCAGAUUUUACCUGCUUCAGACGGUAUAUCAGCAAUGCUCGCGAUAUACCAAGAGACUGUCAAGUCGAUACUCGAUCAAAGUGACCAUCCGGGAAUAUCCGCCCAAGAGUUAGAAUUGUUCAAGAGCCAGUUUGGAACGUCUGCAUUCACCUGUCGGCUCAAAUCGUGUCCUCGAGCGACAUUGGGUUUCGAGACGGAAAAAUUUCGCCUUGAGCAUGAAAUGACCCACGUGCGAAAAUUCAGAUGCACCUUUCCAGAUUGCCAUUUUCCGCCUUUUGUAUCGGCACAAGCUCUAAAAAAUCACGUCAAUAAAUAUCACACCCCAAGUCCGGCACCGAAAUCCAUACGCGAUAUCCAGACACCAGCACCGAGAGGAGUUCGAAGUGUUCACGAUGAAGAGGGUGAUGGGCCCAUGCACAAGCGACGGAAGAAGAACUCACCGAGAGUUGACUCCUCACAUCUACCUAUUGAUCCUCCUCCCAGCAUUCGUCAGCGAUUUAUUGACAAUAAUUUUUAUGUCCCACGCCAUGGGCCUUAUACUGUCUCCCACGAGGCCACUGAGAAGACAAGCAACUUAUCGCCAGCAGCCCACCCGAGUUAUCUUGAAGCGCCGCCAUCGAAGCGAGACUUUUCGCCAGAGCGUUGGCGAGGUUCUUCAAAAAAGGCCUUGGAUGAAGCUUUACGGCUCCAGAACGACCCCAAGGAGCGGAUAGCCUCGUCACUUGUUUCCCCCAUACCUCCGAUUGGGCAGCCGUUGGAGAUGUCGCAAACGGAUCAAAGGGAUUUCAUACAAAGUGGUCCUCAAAAUACAGAAAAUAAGCUGACGAGGCUACCUAGUCUGCGAGAUCUUAUUCCAAGCAGCGAACUGGAGAAUUCCGCAGCCUUGACAACCAUGACCUCACCCUCGCUUUACAAUGGCAGCUCUGAUUUUGAUUCAUAUGAUGUUUCUCCCAACUUUGGCACUGCGGAAUUUGAUAACGGCCUUAGCGACCCCUGGGGCCCUCUGUCUCCCGCUGACGUGAGCAGCCAGGAGCAUGCUAAUGCCAGCGUCUCGCUUUCUCAGAAGCCUCUGGAAUCAGAACAUAUGCACCGAUCAUCCUAUUGCGGCAGUCGUAGCGGCAGCGGAAGAAAGAAAUCGUCCACCGGCUCGGAGCAGCCAAACACCCCCUUUGAACAGGCAAGAGCAACGUUAUGUCUCACUAUGAAAAUCCUAACUGAAUCUAGGAAACCAAGUAUCGCUCCCCUAUAUUCGAAGAGAUGGAAGGGAGCUACGCAGAUGAUGAAAACUAUAAGGCGACCAGUCUUUCAAACCCUCUCAGUAAUCCAGGGCCCUUUGUUUCCGCUGAUAAAGAGAUGAGAAACCGCAUAAAGCAAGGUCCACGGCAAAUAGCAGCGGAUGUGCCAGCGCCGCGGGCCCCAGCAACGAAUACGUUGGCGACUUGGUUACGAAGCCCAGUUUCUGGAGAUAGAACUUUGCUAUUUGAAAAAUUCAAGGAACCAGCAGUCGAUAUAGAUGAUUCAUUUUUUCUCCCUUGGACGGAAAAAUACAACCUAGAGCAAGAGCAGUCGAUGUUUGGUGGCCAUAGAGACAUGCUCAGAGAAGCCAUCGAGGAUGGACACUAUGAGAAUCUGCAAGAAGAUAUGUAUGAAAUCAUAGCAGGC